GCGCAGAACAUCAUCAACACACCAUGGGGUACAACGGCAUAGUUGCCGCGUUGACGCCGUUCAUUCCACCCUUCCUCCGCGUAAACGAACAGACUUGGGUGGAGAUCAAAGCGCUGUGUCCGUCCCUUGCCCAGCUGCGCAGCGUUCUGACAUGGCAAACGUUGAAGUACACUGUGUACUUUGCAAUCUGGACGGCGGGGUUGGUGUGGAGCGGAGGACAUGACUUGGUGACUUUGUACAUCAUUGCAUCGCUAUUCACCUUGAUCGUGGCCAACCUUGGGGACAAAGAGAAAGACUCCGUGAUCGUUGACGAGCAUGGGCGGGCCGUGUCCAUUCCCAGCGCGUACUCGGUGUUCAAUACGAAGGCCAAGCGGCUGGCGGGCCAACUUACCACUGAGCACUUCGAGCAGCAGAUCCGCAACCGUGGCCCCCUUCCCGAAGACGACAGCGAUGACGAUGACGAUGAUGACGACCCCGAUUUGCAGGAAGCGCUGAGGCAGUCGCGGUCGUUUGCCAACGCAGGUGCUGGCCAGCGGCUUGGUGGAGGUGCCAUGAACCGUCGCCGGUAGUAGUUUAACCCAAACUCCAUCCACGUCAUGAACUCUCAA